UGGCGGCGGUGACAGAAACUGGCGGGGAGAUGCCGGAGAUCGCGAUCCGACAUGUGGUGUCGGCCAGCAGCUCCGACCCGACUCACUGUGCGGAGAACCUGCUCAAGGCUGACACUUACCGCAAAUGGAAAGCUGCCCAGGCUGGAGAGAAGCAAGUUUCGGUCAUAUUACAGUUUGAGAAAGAGGAGCAAAUUCACAGCAUCGACAUUGGCAAUGAAGGCUCUGCGUUCGUGGAAGUGCUGGUCGGCAGCUCGGCCUCCUCCAGUGAGCAGAACUAUGAGGUCUUGCUGGUCACGUCUUCCUUCAUGUCUCCCUCGGAGAGCAAGAGUGGCACCAACCUGAACAGAGUCCGAAUGUUUGGAUCUGACAAGCUGGUUAAAGCCACAGCUGAAAAGAAGUGGGACCGGGUGAAAAUUGUCUGCACGCAGCCGUACAGCAAGUCCUUGGCUUACGGCCUCUCCUUCGUGAGGUUCCACUCGCCUCCCGAAAACAAUGAGAUUAAUUCCAAAACAUCGUCCCCAAAGGUGACCAAGCUGGGACAGUUCAAGGUGAAGGACGAGGACAGCGACUCCGCCUCCUUGAAGCCCGGCGCUCUGUUCUUCAGCCGUGCCAGCAAACCGCUGGUCUCCCCCUCAAAAGCCUCCCAGAAUAACCAGCAAGUGCCCAGCUACGCUACUGCCUCCUUGCAGACCAGCAUGACCAGUAGCCCUGAGCCAGCCCCAUCAGCUGCAGAAAAGCCCACCGUCAAAGCUUCUCCUAAGGAGCCCACACCAGUCAAGAGAAAGUUUGAAUUCAGCAAGGAAAACACCAGUCUCCCCUCCACACCUAAGAAGACUGAUCCCGAUACUCCCCGCCCUGCACUCCCACCCUCCAAGAAGCAUAAAGCAUCUCCUUCAGCGCCACCCCCACCAAAGACACCCCCUUCCAAAAAGCCCCCUCAAGCCCAGUCUUCGGAGGGCUCGGCCGAAGGACCUUUCCAGCAUCUUCUGCAGGGCACCGUGUUUGUGCUGAGUGGUUUCCAGAACCCCUUCCGCUCAGACCUGCGGGACAAAGCCCUGGAGAUGGGGGCCAAAUACCGGCCGGACUGGACCCCUGACAGCACACACCUUAUCUGUGCCUUUGCCAACACGCCCAAAUACAGCCAGGUGAAAGGGCUCGGGGGCAUUAUCGUGCGCAAGGAAUGGAUCCUGGACUGUUACCGCACGCGCCGGCGCCUACCUUGCAAGCGCUACCUGAUGGACAGCCCUGAUUCAUCCAGCAGCGAGGAGGAGAGCGAAGAAGAGACCUCUGCUCGACACCGCAAACCCCUUCCUCAUCGGCAGAGAGCUGACCUCUCCAGCUCCAACCACAAACCCAAGACGCCCAGCAGCCCUAAAGCGGCGCGGCCUAUGCAGAAGAAGGCAUCCUCUGGAGAGGAGGAGGAGGAGCCCGGCACAUCUCAGAACAGCAACAUCCACAACAACUCACGGGUGCCAGAGGCUGACUCUGCAGCUUCCAGUGAUGACGAGGAACCUUCGGGCUUUCGAGACAAUGGAGAAGAGGGGUCGGGCGACACAGAUGAUGAGCUGAGAAGAGUAGAAGAGGAGCACCGCAAAAAGCAGCAAGGGGGGCGGAGGGCUGCUCCAGAGCCAGAAGAUGACCCGUAUGGCGGCUCCACAGAUGAGAACACGGAUGUGGAGGAGAAGGGAGAGCCGGACCAGCCUAUUCCCGAGCUACCAGAUUUAUUUGGGGGUAAACACUUCUUCCUGUAUGGCGAAUUCCCUUCUCAGGAGCGGCGCCUCUUGAACCGCUACAUCACAGCUUUUAACGGGGAGGUAGAGGAUUACAUGAACGAGAGAGUGAAUUACGUGAUCACAGCUCAGGAAUGGGAUGACACGUUCGAAGAGGCUCUGAACGAGAACGCCAACCUCUCCUUCGUGCGUCCCCGCUGGAUCUACAACUGCAACGAGCGGCAGAAGUUGAUCCCCCACCAGCCGUAUGUCGUGGUACCGCGAGCGUAGGAGGAUAUUCCUGCUGGCUUAUCUCUGUAUAUAUUGUUUUGCACCACCACCGCCCCCAGAAGACAGCUGUCAUCUUGGCCUUCGGGGUCACUCCAGGCAACUGUUCCUUGUGCAUUUUUCCUGGAGGCUUAAUCCAGCGAGCGUGCCCCCCCCAAUCCAGAAUCAGGCUUGUACCAGUGUAGCAGGGUUUAAAAAAGCAUUCUCUCUUUCAAGUGCAGCUCUCCCUGCUUGCAUUUGAAGAUGCAUUUACUCACUUUCCCUCUUUCAGAAACAGCUGCUACUCUUGAGAAAAAAUAUACUCCCCUGCGGCAGGUGAGAAUGUGGGUGUGUUCUUUCUGUGAAGGCUUAUAACUGAACUGGGAGAGAGGGAAGCAUUCCCCCACCCCACCCCGCCCCAUGUCUCUUACUCCUGGGAUCCACUUUACACUCUUGUGCUUACACCAUUCUUUUUAUUUUACAACACCUCCCCCCGCCCCUCAUUCGCUAACAGGCAGCUCACUUUCCGAGUCUUCUACGGAAGGAUGUGGACAUCCCAGUGUGAGAAUCAAAUCCCGUAUUCUGCCAGAGCAGAAGUUGUCUUCCUAUAAUCCAUGGGCUGCUCAGGCUUCUGCAGGAAAGAAAUGUGCUUCUCCGCUGUCCGAUCCGUUUUAGUUUCACGGCUAAGCACCUAUGAAUCUUCACACAUAUUUUUUGCAGACCUGGGAUUUGUGCUAUUGCGUUGGAUCCGGUGCAGCAUUUCCUCCAGGGGCUCAAGGACUUCCACCCGUGAAACACAACCUUCUCAGCUCCCCUCUACUGCAGCAGCCCCAAAUGCUCCCAGAUAACCUGUUUGGGGGGGGAUUGGGAUUCCCCCCGGAACAAAAUUUCAGGGGGCCUUUUGGGCUGUUGUGGGAGAGAGAUCAUAUCCCGCAGGCGGAAGUCUUUGUGCCAGUAGAAAUGCCGCAGCGGCUCUAACCCUGUAUCUGUAUGCACUAGUAAGCUUAAAGAAUAUAAUGCAGAGACAGAAAAGUUUGACUUUUAGAAUUCUGGAACUUACUAUUCGCGUGAACAGGUUUCCUAUCGUGUGUUCGAUGUUACCUACGGGGGAAACAACUGUAUCCAAACUGGUUUGUUCCAGUCUUCUCUCUCUAAGCUGUGUGUCUGAGCCUCCCCCCGCCCCCAAAUUCUCCUAAGCAGUCCUCCCCUCGUGUCUAGCAGUGGACACCCUCCCGUGGCCAAACAUUCUAAAUGGAAUGUUGAGCUCUGGUGCCAAACCUGAGAAAAAUCUCACAACACACCGUACAGUGUUUAGCAGCUACUUACACUUGGUGCGGAAAAGGCCGAGAAGCCGUAAAAACUGGAUUAGGAAGUACCGCCGAUAGGGCCUUGAAGGGCUUGAAUUUUGUACGUUUUUUGGACCAAACGGUGUAAGCUGCUCACUCAUAGGAAGAGGAUGCUCUAGUGAAUUUUCACCAUGUGUUAGAUAACAUCGUUCGGUUCUGGUUCUUUUCCUCCUCUCUUCUCUGGGCAACACAGCCUACGUCCUGAAAGAACUGAACUGUCCAGCCCAACACACACCCCUUACCAAGGAAAGCAAAUUUCUGGGCGCUGCCUUCCUUGGAAAGCAGUGGCCCCUUUCUCCCCAACCCCUGCACCGGCUAUGAACGGGACCAAGCGGGCUUUGGAAUCUACCUCAUUUUUACAGCCCGUUUUUUCCACCUGCCUGGUUGGUGCUACCCUCAGCCCCAGAGACCAAGCCAGCUGUAUUUCUCUGCGCUUCUUGUGUUCGCCAGUUCCUUUGGGGAAUUUCCCAUUUUUGGCAACAGCCACAAAAAUUGGCCAUGGCCCAGUUCUUAAAGGGAGAGGUCCUCAUUUUUUUGCACUAGCACCUCAUAAGCGCUUCCCAGCCGACUUCUUUAAAGUUGCCCGUGCUCGUGACCUGAUCUCUCCCGUGCUGCGGGAAGCUAGAGCUGCAGAGGUUUCUUUCCUUUGACCCCCAAGUCUUCUGUGCCCACUUUCUUGCCAACGCAGCAUAGCUGAACUGCUUAAUGGUAGGUUGGAGGGAAGAUGACCUGCCUGAAAAUGAACUGGGGGCAAGGCCGCUGUUGCCAUCUCUCCUGCUUCCCAGGCAAACAGAGAAUUGCUAGGUUACAACCUUGGAAGGGGGAAUAUGAAUUUCUUCCAGUUAGGUGGUGCUGCAACCUUUCCAGAAAGCAAUUCAAAGCAGUGAUGCACCCCCUUACUGAAAGUAUUUUUUUCUGGAUUUCACCUAUCGUGGGAUUCUGUUGGACCCUGGCAGUGCCCUUCUACUUUGUAUACUGACACGUAUGCCCCAACACAGGGCUUCGAAUAAGCUAUCAGUUUCUUGCCCAGCAACCAUGGAAAGUAGUUUUUUGUGAGCACGCUGCAUGGAUUCACACACACAUACAACACUGCAGCAUUUGAAGGAGAAAAGCCUGCAGCGAUUGCAGUUGGGUCGAGUUUCCAAUGCAGCCUAUCUGGUCAAGAUUCAAGGGCUUAAAUUUUUUUUCUUAAACGAAAUAUACUCACACGUCAGAGCAGGUUGCCCAAAUUGUCUAGAAAUGGUGGGAAGAAUCCAGUACCAAUCUCUUAUGGGGGCUCUGUUCAUGUAUUCCCCCCCUAUAUGGUUUGUUGUGUUUUUUAUUAAAAAAAUAAUAAAUAUUCUAAAAGGG